AUGACGAGCACAUACUGGAUAGCAAUCAUGAUGAUGGCAAUCAUGAGGAAUGAUUCGACGACUAAGCUUGGUCCUGUCCGGGAGGACGAGCUUACGAGCUACAUUCAGCGACACAUUCCACCCAACGCUCCGAACCCCCCCCCAGCGUGCCAGGCGGCAUUAUGUUACGAAGGAGAGUACUAACUGGGCCGAAGAACUGCGCCCUAUUUUCCGUGGACUAGAGCAAUCAACAAGGAAGGUGUUCUUGCUCACCCUCAAUAAAUCCUGGAUGGGAAAUACCGUGGGCCUCUACCUCAGAAAUUCCCAGGGUCCUGAGAAUGAAUGGAUUCGAGACCUUGCUCGAAAACGCUUCCAGACGAACUGCAACACAUGGAAGUCGCGCACGAUGUACAGUCUCAAAGCCCACGUCCUCAAGCUGGAGCGAGACUCUCCUGUCAUGUUCGGAAGAGAGAAGGACAUCAGGAAUUUACAAGAUUUCCUGAACAAGUCCUUUAAUCCCGACACAUUCGAAGUCCUUUUUGUCUUUUGUAGGGGCUGGAUUACCAUCGCGGGAAGUGACAUAAGAGUCCGACGCUGGUGCCUCUAUAUAUAUGUCGAAUUGUGCAUGACAAUCAAACGCCACCUUAUGUGGAAACGAGACAUCGCCUCGGGAGUCCCUACUGACACACGCACAAUGGACUGGCGGUGGUGUCUUAUGCGAUUUAGCAAAAUCCGACAUGCGGAACAGAGUCAACACUACGUCGUCGAUGAUAUCACCCUUGUUAAAUCGGUGAAAAGAUCGGAACUCCCUCGGUCGUCGAUGGAGAAGGAAGACUUCCUGGACUUUGAUGAGGAUGAAUUCGCAUUCAGGCCACGGGACCGCGACUUCGAGACCCAUUCGAUGAUUUUACCAUCGACUAAUCAGGGUAAUGCAUCGGGAGAGGGUGCCCAGGACAGCGACGAUGCUAUUCCCGAUGUCGCUGGUAUGCAGUAAUGUUUGCCUUGCUGUUUCUUUUUCCUGCACUUCUUUUUUCGGGUUGUAAAUGGCGGCGUUAGGGGACUCGGUUAUGGCGAUGAACGGUUAACCUACCUUGCAGAGAUAUGAUAUGGUGUUUUCUACUUUUAGGUAUGGGGGAUGUUAGGCGCUGGGGUUCACGACAUACCUUCUUAUGGUUUCCAAGAUUCGGACUACCCAUUUUACCAACAACUUCUAACAUUUGUUUUAUCAGGGACAUAACGGCUAUGGGUCAGGAGUUCGGUAGGCAGUCAGAUAUCAUACCUAUUUGCUCACAAUUAUAAU